UAUAGAAACGAUUGCAUCACUAAUGGCUUCAAAGUAUGGCUUCAAAUGUGUUUCAUUGCAACACAUGUUUGAAACGUUUGACAAACGGUUUAAUUGAUUUAACUGUUAAACAAUCGUUAAGACGAUUGUCGUACUCAUCAGUUAACACAUCGUUAGACAUCAAAAACAUGCCAAAAGACAAGAGUCAGUUAUUGCAGAAACUGAGAGACCAUCGGACAGGAAAAGCAAAAAGAGUGUCCAAUAAUGGGUUGCCGUCGGGUAUCUUCCAGUUAUCUGUUUUAGGCAACGGAUCCAAAGGUAAUCCACGAGCACUGUAUGUGUCGACCGAUCGCAACAGCUAUCUCUUCAACUGCGGUGAAGGCACUCAACGGCUGGCAAAUGAACACAAACUCAAAUUGUCAAAACUGGAGAACAUUUUCAUUACUAAGAGAUGUGUGGAAAAUAUGAACGGAAUCAUUGGUUUGGCUCUAACUCUUCAAGACAUUGGAUUACCGGUCAUAACACUUCACGGACCACAAAAUGUCGAUCAAAUGAUGAGUUUUUAUAAUCAUUUCUUAAAAUUUUCGGGAAUGAAGUUAGAGACUAAAAGUUAUGAAAAUUAUAACUUUGAAGACACGGAUCUUAUCGUUAAAUGUUCAGCCAUUCAUAAAUCGAUGUCAAAUGAAAUGAAUGAUGAUAUGAAAGAUGAAAAAGAUUUAAAUGAAACAACUUUUUUAUAUUUAUGUAAAUUAAAGGACAGACCGGGAGAACUGUUAAUAAAAAAAUGUAUUGAACUGAAGAUACCUCCCGGACCUCUGUUGGGCCGACUAAAAGCAGGUGAAGAUAUUGUUUUACCCGAUAAUCGUGUUAUUUGUUCACAAGACGUGAUGGGACCGGUAGAUAAUGGACCCAUAUUUGUUGUGAUUGAAUGUCCCACUAAGGCUUAUAUUGAUUCAAUUGUUACAAAUGAAUUGCUUCAAAGUCUUUCAAAUGAAGAAUUGCAAUUAAUGUCACUCAUUGUUCAUUUUACACCAAAUGAUGUAAUCAAUGACAAUAAUUAUCAACAAUGGAUGAGAAAUUUUGGUGAUUCAGUAAAUCACUUGUUCAUCAACGAAGACAAUCCUAUCCAGAGUUAUAUCGGCGCAAAUCGACUACAAAUUAAACUCAAUUUAAUUGACUCUUUUAUAUUUCCAUUACUUCACUGUAUUGAUAACAAUGAAAUACAUCGUAAUUCACAGCUAAACUCAUUUAAAAGUACCAAAACUUUAUUGAAAUAUCAUUUAAGACCUGCUAAUGAUAAAGGAUUUGAUGAUAAAACUGUGGUAAACAUUGAUGUCAAUGGUAUUAGAGAAGAAGCUUUAGCUAACACUAGUUUUAUGGAAAGUAAAAGUCUAUAUCAAAUACAACAACAAAAUUCUUCUCAAAUUAAAGAAUAUCCUGAAAUUAUUUUCUUGGGAACCGGAUCUGCCGUUCCAUCUAAAGUGCGAAACACGAGUGCUAUUUGGGUAAACAUUGAUUCCGAGACCUCAUGGCUAUUGGAUUGCGGAGAAGGAACAUAUGGACAGUUGUUUAGAUUUUAUGGCAAAGAAUGUGAAUCAAAACUUAAACAAUUAAAAGCAAUUUAUGUGAGUCAUCUUCACGCCGAUCAUCACUUAGGGAUACUAUAUCUUAUGAAAGAGAGAUCAUAUCUAACAAAUAAACGACUUUUGUUAUUAAUUCCGCCCGCAGUUAGUAAUUGGUUUCAAAAUUAUAACGACAACGUCGAGAAAAUAUCACAUCUCUAUGAAAUUGUUUUAUGCAAAACAUUUAUGACUGAAAUCAACAAAAAAGUGUUAAAUGUUUUAAAACUUAAUGAAUUGAAAACAGCUUUAGUUCCUCAUUGUUCACAUAGUUAUGGCCUAUCAUUUACCACAAGAAGUGAACCUAAUUAUAAAAUAGUAUACUCGGGCGACACUCAACCCACAGUAAACCUCACAAAAAUCGGAAAAAAUUGUGAUCUACUCAUACACGAGGCAUCAAUGGAGGAUCAGUUGGUCGAUGAGGCGAGACUUAAGUUUCAUAGCACCACAUCUGAAGCUAUAGAAAUGGGAAAUAAUAUGAACGCAAAGUUCACUAUUUUAACACAUUUUAGCCAAAGAUAUGCUAAAAUUCCUGUAUUUAGUGAAAAAUUUAACGAUAAGGUGGGCAUUGCUUUUGAUAAUAUGAGAAUAAGGAUGUCUGAUAUCAACAAAUUGCCUCAAAUUAUACCAACAAUUAAAUGUUUGUUUGAGGACGAGAUCGAAGAACUUAAGAAUAAAAGCGCUCAGAAUCUUAAGCGCAAAGAAUUUUUGGCACAAUUUAGAGAAUCGAUGAUUUAA